CCGAGCCGAUAGGCGAUGACGCCAUCCAUGCGCGUCAGCGGAAAAACCUGGAAGCGGAUGUUUAACCGACUAACUGACUUCCUUUGGGAGGAAGGGAUCGAAGGAAGCGCCUCGUUGGAAGCAAAGGCCCGAGGAGCGGAAAUGGGGAAGAGGAACAACAACAACAAUAACAACAGCAGCAAGCUGCCGGACAGAUGGAAGCAUUAUUUACCUCUUGGAAGAAGACUACCCAAGACGCGCUUCAUUGCCUUUAAAGUUCCUCUUCAUAAGAGGUUUGAUUUCAAGCUCGCCCCGCAGGAGCGCUUCACUCCAGAAGACCUCCUCAGUCAGAUCAGGGAACAGAAGGAAGAUCUGGGUUUGAUCAUUGAUUUGACGUACACCACCCGCUAUUACCAGCCAAAGGAGCUGCCAGACACGCUGCAGUAUUGUAAGAUUUUGACUGUUGGCCAUGAAGUACCUGCUAAUGAUACAAUUUAUCGGUUCAAGAGUGUUGUGAUGAAGUUUCUGGCUGAAAACCAGCACAACGACAAGCUCAUUGGCGUUCACUGUACGCAUGGCUUGAACCGAACGGGUUACCUGGUUUGCAGGUACCUAAUCGAUGUUGAAGGAAUGGACCCAAACAAGGCAAUAGAAUUGUUCAAUAGCUGCCGAGGGCAUUCUAUAGAGAGGAAGAACUACAUUGAAGACCUUAGGAGAAGGUCUGAGAGAAGGAACCCUCCUCCUGUGGCAGUUCCCAAGUGCAGUUGGAUUAAGGAGCGCUCUGGUCCCAUCCCACGUCCAGAUUAUGAAAGUGGUGGUCCCAUGCCACACCCAGAUUAUGAAAUUAUCAACUGUGGCCCCCAAAGAUCUCUACCAUUCCGGUUGGUAACACAAAGGCACUUUGAUCCAAGGGGAGGACUGAUCCCACCCAGGCCUCCCUAUCCUGGCCAGAGCCUUGUCCCACACUAUCAAGCCCCACCUAUGUUCUGCCCCCCGUUUCCCCCAACAACAAGCUUCAUCCCGCAGAGUCUCAGGCCCAGUCCUGGGCUGUUCUAUGCACCUUGCCAGCAGCCAUUGCCAGAAGGACCACCAAGCACCAGUUUCCCAGUGCAGAGCCCUCAUGGUCAACGGAAGCGAAAGAGAAAUAGGAAAAAGAGAAGAUCCCAGCUGGACUACUACUGAGGGAAGCAGAGCAGGAAGGACAACCAAAUCUAUAAAAGAACAGGAAGAACAUGCAAUCUUGUUCCACAGAGGAAGGUCUGCUGGCAAUGUUUACACCAUUCCCUGGAUGUCCGACUUCCUGGGAUCAUUCAGUUGACUUCCUCAGAAAGAAGUCCUGUCUUUUUAGUGCCUAAUUGCAAACAGGACACAGCCAUUUUUAUGAGAGGAAUUCACUGGUGACAUUAAACUCUUGGUGACAAUUCUCCCGACAUAAAUUGGACACGGAAAUCACGUGCUGGAUGCACACAUGUCCAUCCCACAGAAGCGAAUCCCACAAAGAUUGCCCCUCAAAUCGGUAUUAAAUAAAAAAAUUGCCUUCCUCUUCUAUCAA